AUGAAGUUCAUAUUAGCGGUGCUAACGGCGUCGCUUGGUGUAACACAUGGUCUCGAAAACGGCUUAGCUCGAACUCCUCCAAUGGGCUGGAUGAGUUGGGAGCGAUUUCGGUGUAUCACGGACUGCAAAAAGUAUCCCAAUGAGUGUAUCAGUGAACAGCUGUUCAAGCGGAUGGCCGAUUUGAUGGUUUCUGAGGGAUACCUGGAAGCUGGAUACGACUACGUGAACAUCGAUGAUUGUUGGUCGGAAAUGCAACGGGAUUCCAGCGGGCGGUUGGUUCCGGACAAAAAACGCUUCCCCAACGGUAUGAAGCAUUUGGCGGAUUACAUUCACUCAAAAGGAUUGAAGUUUGGUCUGUACCAAGACAUUGGAACACAUACUUGCGCUGGCUAUCCGGGCAUGAAGGACUACUUUGAAAUAGAUGCACAGACCUUUGCCGAUUGGGAUGUGGAUUUCAUCAAAAUUGAUGGAUGCUAUGCAGACGAAAGGAACAUGGUCGAUGACUACAUCCUGUUUGGAGAGUUCAUGAAUAAAACCGGACGGCCAAUGCUCUACUCCUGCAGUUGGCCAGCUUAUCAAGAAUACAAUGGAAUCAUUCCGGAUUAUGAGAUCCUGAAAAAGACUUGCAACAUGUGGCGUAACUGGGGCGACAUAGAAGACUCCCACAGUUCAGUAGAAUCCAUCACUCGCUAUUUUUCGGACAACCAACAGCGUAUUCAACCUCAUUGCGGUCCUGGUCAUUGGAAUGAUCCUGAUACUCUUGUCUUGGGAAACUACGGUCUGAGCUACGAGCAAAGCAAAUCACAAUUGGCCGUUUGGACUGUCCUCGCAGCGCCGUUUCUUUUGUCCAAUGAUCUGGCCACCGUUCCUCCCGAGAUCAGAGAACUUCUGCUAAAUAAGGAGAUCAUAGCAGCUAACCAAGACCGUCUUGGUAUCCAAGGCCUAAUGGUAAAAACUUUUAACAAAAUUGAGAUUUGGAAACGUCCUAUACUUCCCAAGGUGAAGAGUGAAUUGACGCAAGUAGUGGCUUUCGUCAGUCGUCGAGCCGAUGGGGCACCGUAUGCUAUCAAUGUGAAACUAGCUGACGAUCUCGGGUUCACGGAUAACAACUACGUAAAAGGAUAUAAGGUUUACGAUUUAUUCGACAAAGAGCGAAAACCAAUUUUUGUACCAUCGAAUGGAUCAUUCGAGACACGAAUCAACCCAACCGGAGCCAAUUUCUAUCGAUUUGAGCCCAAGCUGAACAUCAUCCUACGAGGAAUGACCGAUUGGGAUUACUGA